AUGCCUUCUCAAUCAUUUGAAAAGGACAACCGCAAAGGCAGCGAAGCCAGCAUGCCUCUAUCAACGUCAACUGCCUCCCGUGCUCCAUCUAUGCGCGAGUUUCGACGCUCUUCGUCAGGCGACGAUGCAGAGCAUGACUGGCCACGGACUUGGCGAGCAUACGCGUGUCUGCUCGGCUGCUUUUUCCUCAUGUUCAACUCCUGGGGACUGGUGAACGCUUACGGGACAUGGUCGUCAUACUACGUUGGCCACUCGCUCCGGAAUGUUGAUCAGCUCGAGUUGAACUUGAUCGGUGGCUCACAGUGUUUUCUUGUCCUCCUUCUCUCUAACCCGGUAGGGCGACUCCUGGAUGCCGGUCACUUCCGCAAAGUCAUCGGUUUCGGCACUGUCUUCGUCCCUCUGGGGCUCUUCAUUCUUUCGGUCGUGCAUCCCUCUAGCGUCGAAGCCAUUGCAAACUUCGGCCCAAUCUGGGCGACUCAAGGGCUCGUCGUUGGCUUGGGCAUGGCUCCGUUCUUUGUUUCCAGCUCUCAAGUCGCUGCAACAUGGUUCCCUAAGCGCAGAGGACUUGCUGUAGGGUACGUUGCCUGCGGUGCCAGCAUUGCAGGUGUGGUCUAUCCUACCAUGCUGCGUUACCUCAUUGAGGCGGUGGGCUUCAACAAUGCAGUCCGCUACGUUGCUGCUCUGACCGCAGUCACCUGCAUCUACUCCUUUAUCUUUGCAACACCAAACCCUAUCCACGAGUUCCACAAGCCGGAGAGCUGGUUCAAAGUGCGCACAUGGUUCGAUACAGAUGCAUUCAAAAAUAAGGCGUGGUGUUGGUUUACUGCCGCCGUAGCUUUCAUGUUUUUCGGUUUCUACCCAGUCUUCUUCAACCUUGAGGAGUGGGCAGCAGUUCGAGGCUUCGGAACCCGCAACAGUUCAGGCGAUGUUGCAGCGCCAGCAUCACCAAGCAACGUGAACGACAAGCCGCUUCAGACUUUCUGGCUUCUGACCAUUAUGAACGGAGCUUCCACCAUCGGCCGCCUGACCCUCGCCCAAUUUUCCGACAAGACAGGACCCCUCAAUAUGCACAUCGGUUCACAAUUCGUCUGCUCGCUCCUCACUCUGAUUCUAUGGUCCCUGGCUGCAUCUGAGACUGAAGCGAUUGCCUUCUGCGUGGUCUUUGGCGUCUUCUCUGGAAUGGUCAUCGGACUACCACCUGCAUCUGUAGCCAACAUCCUAAGUUGUACCUACACCGCUCCUGAGACUGCAUCUCUGGCCAAAAAGAAGCUCGGUCACUGGGUCGGUAUGAUGUACAGCUUCGCUGCCAUCCCAGCCCUCCUUGGGCCCAUCAUUGCUGGACAUCUCGUCACCGAGUACUCUACCUACAUCACAGUACAAAUGUGGUCAGGUGCCAACCUCUUCCUCUCUUUCAUCUGCAUGAUGGUCGCCCGUUGGUACCUUCCAUGCUUCGAUGGCGAGAGCUUCGCGCAUCAUCUCUCCCGUAAGCACGCUUCUACUAAGGAGAAGCUUCGAUUGGGCAGCGAUACUACCGCGGUGGGUAUGAUGAAACCCGCCACCUUCUCGCAGACACCUACUCGCGUCCCAAGCAUAGUAGCUCCUAGCGAAAAGCUCGAGCAGCCGGCACAGUCACCCGAGCGCCUGGUUUAG